GAGGUUGUUUGUCUAUAGCAGCAAACGAGUUGACCUGGCCGGCGGUUUUAAGUUAGACAAACCAAACUUCAACUCUAAGUGGGUCAUCUGCUUUCAAACUGUCCACACAACAAGACGUGUUAAAAUGUAACAAAGAAUAUUCUCGAUAUAGCUGCGGAACGCUCAAAGCGCUCGUUAUGUUUAUUAGAAAAUAAUUUUAAUAAUACCGUUUUAUUUAUACUGACGCUGUUUAUUAUGCAAGAGAAUAUUCACGUCAACAUGUUUGUCGAUUGUUUGCGGGAAAUCCGAGGAUUUUGUUUGCUAUUGUUUUAACGUACCCUCAAUAAAGGUAUUUACAGCUUAAUUCUUAUACAAACGGCCUCCGUGCAGUUCGCGAUAACAGAGGACAUAUAGACCACCUGCUGGGGUUAUAAAGGAAUUUGUUCGGAUUUCGACUUGACAUAGUGCUGAGGAUGAGUGUGGUUAAAGAAGAGUGUUGUGAAGAAGAGAAGUACGAAUUAGUUCCUCCCGAAGGAGGCUGGGGCUACGUUGUCUGUGUGGGAUUAUCUGUAAUUUUCAUUGCUGGCACCGCGCAUCAGCCUGUUUUUGGUUUUAUAUACAAUGAUUUUCUGGACGAACUUGGCGUCGGUACUGGCGCCGUUACAGUUGUAUAUGGAGUGUUUCAAGUCACAUUAGCUAUUGCCGGUUUUUCGGCGAACAUAGCUUUGAAAAGUCUUUCAUUAAGACAAGUCGGUCUUAUAGGUGCCUUUAUAUACACACUAGCAUCAUUCCUAGCAAUAUUUGUAGUAUCCACAACUCAGUUAAUUGUCACAAACGGAUUCCUACAGGGCCUCGGAAUGGGUCUACUAAUUCCGGUGUCGUAUACUAGUUUUAACAGUUACUUUACAAAGAAAAAAGUGCUGUAUUUGAGUCUGUGUAAGGCAUCUAUUGGAUUGAUAACGAUGUUGUACCCGCUGUUUAUAAAAUUUACGAUAACCCAAUACGGGUUUAGAGGGACUCUAGCGAUUAUUUGUGCCAUAUCAGCUCACAGUAUUUUCGGAGCUCUAGUCAUGCAUCCUGUACAAUGGUAUAUGGUGAAGAAAUUGAAAACGUGCGAAAAGAUUGUCCUGAUACCACCGACGCCGGCCAUUGAGGCGGGAAAAGAAAAAUUCCAUUUCAAUUCUAACACGACGGCAUCCAAAGGAGCGGAAAACGCGAGAUCAGUGGAAAACUUGUACGCAAUCAAACGGACGGGGAGUCAAAAACCCACGGAAUUGCUAUUCGUUCCGAAAUUAGCUGAUUCCAGACGACUGAGUAUACCGGUGGUUUUGAUCCCAGGGGAAACGAAGGCUGAUAGCAAAUUUAAUUCGAGCGAUAAUGUGUAUUUAGAGAAUUUGUAUAAGGCAGCUUCGGUCUCCAGUUUGGGUAAUUUCGGGAAUAUCGCAGCUGAACCAAUGCCAGUUAUCAAGAACAAGGAAGGAAAGUGGCAAACGAUAAUGGAAUACUUGGAUCUGACUUUACUCAAAGAUUUGGUUUACGACAAUAUCAUUGUCGGAAUGGCUUUGACAUUUUUCGCUGAUCUAACUUUCUUCACUUUGGAGCCUUUAUUCUUGGAUAAAGUCAAUUUGAAUCGGAGCCAAAUUGCUAACAUAAUAGCUUUAGGCGGUGCUACGGACAUGUGCGCCAGAUUGUUCCUGGGCGUGGCGGGACAGUUCUUCAUUAUGAAUAGCCGGUAUAUGUUCUUCAUAGGAGCCCUUUUUGCAGCCGCUUUUAGAUUGGUUAUGAUACAAUUCACAACAUACCUACCUCUACUAAUAUUGACUGGUAUACUCGGAGCCUUGAGGUCUUUGGUGCAUAUAGCGCAGCCUAUAGUGAUGGCUGAACACGUUCCCAUAGAGCUGUACCCAUCGGCUUAUGGACUCUACAUGUUACUCGCCGGAGCGAUUAGUUUGAGUGUCGGACCCAUGAUAGGAUUCAUUCGGGACUUCACUGGUAGUUAUGUGGUUGCUUUCGUUAUGUUGGCUGUGUGUAAUCUAUGCUGCGUUGUUCCGUGGGCGAUAGAGUUCAUUUUUCGUUACAAAAAAGAAAGGAAACUCAGAAAUACGGACGUGAGCUGAAAACAUGAAGCAUCAAAGGAGACAUUGAAUCGAGUUACCGUCGCAAUACGGUAAACUCCCACCGUGAUACAAUUAGUUCGAUAAGUUAUAAAUAAUAUUUUUAUUCUAUAAA